AUGUCUGGCUCGUCGCCCUACGCGGUGCGAUCACCGUCGCAAUCGAAUCAAUAUCCUCCACCAUAUUCACCAACUCGCCCGAACCGCCCAUUCUUCGGCCAUGAACCCUUCUCAAUACCGCCUCCUCAACACCUCGUCCAGACCCCUCCCUUCCCUCCCACCUCCUUGGUACAGAGCCCGCUUCACAAUCGCCCGACGCUGGCGUCGCCUUUACCUGCGCCAAACGCUCUACCACCACCACCACCUCCUCCUCCAUCGAUAGGCGCAGGCCCGCAAUACCAACCGUUACCAUCGAGCCCUCCAUUCGCGCUCCAGAGAUCAUACUCAGGCCAUCUUGUCCAUCCGACAAUGCCGCCGCAGUACGACGGCACUCCCUCCCACGCGCAUCCUACAAGUUCCGCGUUGCAGUCACCAUUGAGGGAGUACCAUAGCCUCACUAAUGGAAGACCCAGCGAGAUAUCUUCGUCAGAGUCGCGACCGCAGUCAAAAGACAGACCUGAGAGAUCGAGCAACCCGAUGUCUUUCGCAAGCAUUCUGGGUCCCUCAAACAAUGAGCCGUCCCCCAAACCAUCCGAAUCCAAACAGCCUGCGCCGCGGCCGGCGACGCCUCCCUCAAAACCUGCUGCGGAAAGCAAGCCGGUUGCCGAGAAGCCCACGAAGCUGCCGGAAAUCGGCUCGAUUCUGUCUGUCGUGAACGGUGACCCCAAACCGGCCCCCAAGACCGAGACCGUGCAGGUUCAGAGAAGAUAUGUGCCCCCUCCGCCGCCUCGCACGAAGGCCACGGAUGAGGAGCUUGAAAAGAUAUCGAAGGCUUUAAACCUCAUCGACGAGAUUGCUUUUAGCGAUGUUGAAGAUGCUGGCUGGGCUGAACACAUGCAGCUCUAUAAGCAGAGAAGCAAGAAAAGAGCGGCAAUCGUCCUCGACAGCGAAUUACACAAGCGGAAGCGCCGUCGGGGGUACUAUCUUGACUCCCACAUUCAUGGCAUGGACAAGCACGCCUACCAGGCUGCUGCUCGCUAUCGCGAACGGUUUGAACCUGUUGCUGCUAAAGAGAUCGCGGACAAGGACCAUCAGAGCGAGAAAGAAAGGAAGAAGGAUAUGCAGAGAAAGCGCCGCCGUGAGCAACAAAUUCGCAAUGACAGAGAGCGACUAGAAGAGCUCGAGCAGCAGGCUAGAGAUGCUCCCGACGAAGAAGCACAACAGAAACUGAAACAACAAUCGGAGAAGCUGGAGGCCAAAAUCCGACAGACUAUCGCUCGCAACGAAGACCCUCCUGCGCCGGAGGAUAUGGAAGUCCCGGCUCCUGCACCAAACUACGAUGGAGGCAUCACGUCGUCAUUCCAGCUCGACACCCCCGAACCUGGCGAGCCGCCCAAGAAGCGCACCAAGAAGGAGCCCGGUGCUCCCUCCGCCCGUCCCAAGAAGUCAAAAGAGAAGAAGCAAGCGGAAAAAGAUGCUGCACAAGCCGCCUAUGAUGCGAUGGAACGAGACGCGCUCAUCAAUAUAGCCCCGAAAGAAGAAGCCACCCCGGUCCCUCCACCGAAGGGCAAGAAAUCCAAGGAGGCCGUGGUUACGACUCCUCCUGCGCCCACAGUCAACUAUGAGUCCAAGGGCUACAACCAGAUUUAUGAGCAGAUCUGGAGAGAUAUGGCCAGGAAGGACAUUCCCAAGGUCCACAAGAUCAAGAACGCCUCGGAUCAGACCAAGAGAGAAAACCUGCGGAAGACGUCCAUUCUCGCAAGUAAACAGGCGCGUAAAUGGCAGGAACGCACCAACAAGAGCAUGAAAGAUACGCAAGCCAGGGCGAAACGGGUCAUGCGUGAGAUGAUGUCCUUCUGGAAACGCAAUGAACGAGAAGAACGCGACUUACGCCGCAUGGCGGAAAGGAAGGAGAUUGAGGAUGCGAAGAAGGCUGAAGCCGAUCGCGAGGCCAACCGACAGAAACGCAAACUCAACUUCCUCAUCUCACAGACCGAGCUCUACUCGCACUUCAUCAGUCGCAAGAUCAAAACCGACGAGAUCGAGCGUGCUACGGAUGACCCUGAGGUUGCCGGGUCAGGGAACAAGACCACAGCUAAGGACGUCCGCGCCCACAAGGGUAUGGAUGACCUGUCGCUCUCGGACGAGCACGGAAACCAUAAGGUCACCAACUUCGAAGAUCUCGAUUUUGAUGCCGAAGAUGAGUCUGACCUGCGUAAAGCCGCGAUGGCCAACGCUGCGAGCGCCCUGCAAGACGCCCAAGACAAAGCUCGAAACUUCAACGGCGAUGAUCAGAUGGCCGCCUUUGACAACAGCGACAUGAACUUCCAGAAUCCUACCAUGGCCGGCGAUGUUCAAGUGUCUCAACCAAAGAUGCUGCAGGCCCAACUCAAGGAAUACCAGCUCAAGGGUCUCAACUGGCUGGUCAACCUGUACGAACAAGGUAUCAACGGUAUUCUGGCCGACGAAAUGGGUCUCGGCAAGACUGUUCAGUCUAUCUCCGUCAUGGGCUAUCUUGCAGAGCAACACAACAUCUGGGGUCCGUUCCUGGUCAUUGCUCCUGCCUCAACGCUGCACAAUUGGCAGCAGGAAAUCACAAAGUUCGUGCCAGCUAUCAAGGUCCUUCCGUACUGGGGCAGCGCAAAGGAUCGCAAGGUUCUACGCAAAUUCUGGGACCGGAAACACAUCACCUACACGAAGGACUCUGAAUUUCACGUCCUUGUUACCUCAUAUCAACUCGUGGUUCAGGAUGCGCAGUACUUCCAGAAGAUCAGAUGGCAGUACAUGAUCUUGGAUGAGGCGCAGGCAAUCAAAUCGUCCAGCAGUUCGCGAUGGAAGACCCUCCUGGCUUUCCAAUGCCGCAACCGCCUAUUGCUCACAGGUACACCAAUUCAAAACAACAUGCAGGAGCUGUGGGCGUUACUGCACUUCAUCAUGCCGACCCUGUUCGACUCACACGACGAGUUUAGCGACUGGUUCUCCAAGGACAUUGAAAGCCAUGCUCAGAGCAACACGAAACUCAAUCAAGACCAGCUUAAGCGUUUGCACAUGAUUCUCAAGCCAUUCAUGUUGCGUCGUGUUAAGGCCCAUGUGCAGAAGGAGCUAGGCGACAAGGUGGAGAAGGACGUCUUCUGCGAACUGACAUACCGACAACGAGCAUACUAUGCCAAUCUCCGCAGCAAGAUCAGCAUUAUGGACCUGAUCGAGAAGGCAACUUUGGGUAGCGAUGAGGACUCUGCCACUUUGAUGAACCUGGUCAUGCAGUUCAGGAAAGUAUGCAACCAUCCGGACCUGUUCGAGCGGGCUGAUACUGCGUCGCCGUACUCGAUGUCGUACUAUGCAGAGACUGCCUCGUUUGUUCGAGAAGGAUCCUUCGUCCAGGUUGGUUACUCUGUUCGCAACCAGAUCCAGUACGACCUGCCUCGAAUACUAUGCAACGAUGUCGGGAGACUGGACAUUCCUGGACCGAGCAAUUCUCAGGCCGGUUUCAGACGAGCCGGCUUCAGAACAAGCGGAAUGGGUGGGCUGAUGCGGAUCUGGACUCCUGAGCACAUCAAGUCCUCCAUGCAGAGCGAUGGAGCCUUUUCCUUCCUCCGCUUUGUCGAUACGUCGAUUGGCGAAGCUGCUUCUGCUGCCGAUCUGGGUGUCUUUGAGCGGAGCGUUCGCGUAAAGAAACAGCCUAAGCGGAGCUUAUGCAUAUUCCAGGAAAACGACGACAACGAUGAGAAAGAGGACGCGCACGGCCCGCCAGUGCAUGCUAUGUUCAACAUCGUCAACAACAAUCCUCGGCGAGCCCUCAUGGAUCUGGAUCCCAAUUCGCCCCUGGCCAGGCUCUGCAAUAUAUCUAAGGACACUGUAGAUGAUCAAGGGUUGGCAGUGAUCGAGCCGGCCGCAAGACAGAAGGCAUCGGCGCCACCGAUUGAGAUCAGUUGCUUCGACCAGUCCUCCAUUUCUGAACGCCAGCUGACGUUUUUCAACAUGGAUGUACGGGCUCCGUUGUAUGGACUUGAGGAAUCCGUCGAGGAGAAGCUGUUGGAACGCGAUGUGGACCCCACCGACUUCCCGGUCUGCGACCUGCUGCCCAAGCCCGAGAACGUGAAGGCCCGGUACACCGAUAUCACCGUCCCUUCGAUGCGCAGGUUCGUGACAGACUCCGGCAAGCUUGCGAAACUGGACCAGCUCCUCCGGGAACUCAAGAAUGGUGGCCACCGUGUGCUGCUGUACUUCCAAAUGACUCGUAUGAUCAACUUGAUGGAAGAGUAUCUCACAUACCGCAACUACAAGUACUGUCGAUUGGACGGAAGCACCAAACUGGAAGACCGUCGGGACACAGUGCACGACUUCCAGACAAGACCGGAGAUCUUCAUCUUCCUGCUAUCCACUCGUGCCGGUGGUCUUGGUAUCAAUCUGACGUCUGCCGACACGGUCAUCUUCUACGACUCGGACUGGAAUCCCACCAUCGACUCUCAGGCCAUGGAUCGAGCGCACAGAUUAGGCCAGACCAAGCAGGUCACUGUCUAUCGCCUCAUCACUCGCGGCACCAUCGAAGAACGAAUUCGCAAGCGGGCCAUGCAAAAGGAAGAAGUCCAACGUGUGGUCAUCACUGGUGGAGAUGGUGCUGGUGUAGACUUCAACACUCGUGAUAGGCGCGAGAACCGCACCAAAGACAUUGCGAUGUGGCUUGCCGACGACGAUCAGGCUGCGCUCAUUGAGCAGAAGGAGAAAGAGGCUGCUGAAAAGCCCGAAGAUGAAAAUUCGAAGAAGAGGCAGAGUAAGAAAGCCCAAGCGGCUGCGGCUCGAAAGAAGAAGGGCGAGAUGAGUCUGGAUGACAUGUACCAUGAAGGCGAAGGACAUUUCGAAGACGCUUCAGCGAAGCCAUCAGGGGCGGCGACGCCAGUGAGCACGGCCGAGACCUCCACGCCGAAGAAGGGCCCCGGUUCUCGAGGUGGUCGGGGAGUGAGCAAGAAAGCCAAGACGGCAAAGCAGCGGCUUGCCAUUGUCGAUGCGGAGGGCGAUCUCGGUAUGGGCGGUGCAUGA